AUGUCCCCGCGCGUGUUCUUGAUCACAGGCGCCUCGUCCGGGUUCGGGCACUACUACGCGCAAGAGGUGCUUGCGCGCGGCGACUACGUGGUGGCGACGGCGCGGGACGCGGCGAGCGUGGCGGCGACGAGGUUCGACGGGGCCAACCACACCAACCACCUGGCGGUGCGGCUGGACGUGACGGAGCGGGCGAGCACCGAGGCGGCGUUUGAGGCGGCGCUGGCGCGGUUCGGCCGGGUCGACGUGGUGGUCAACAACGCCGGGUACGGGCUCGCCGGCUGUUUCGAGGAGUACACGGACGCGCAGAUGCGGCAGCAGAUGGACAUCAACUUCUUCGGCCUGCUCGACGUCACGCGCACCGCCCUCAACGUCAUGCGCGACCGCCAGCGGCCCUGCGGCGGCCUCAUCCAGCAGGUCACCAGCAUCGGCGGCCAGAGGGGCGUGCCGCUGUUCAGCGUCUACUGCGCCAGCAAAUGGGCCGUCGAGGGCUUCACCGAGUCGCUCAGCCACGAACUCAAGCCCGAAUGGGGCAUCCGCUUGACUCUGCUCGAGCCCGGCGGCUUCAGAACCGACUGGGCCGGCCGCAGCAUGGUCUUUGCCGACCGCCAUCCCGCAUAUGACCACCUCGACUCCCGCGAACGCAUGAGCAAGCGCCACAUGAAUCAGGCCGGCGACCCGGUCAAGGCCGUGCGCGCCAUGUACGAGCUGGCCGUGAUGGAGGACCCACCUCUGCGCGUCGUCAUCGGCACCGACGCCUACGCCGCCAUCAUGAACAAGGUCGACCAGUACGAGCUGAACUACAAGCGCUUCGAGUCCUUGAGCAACAGCACCGAUGUCGAUGGCUAUGUGGCGCCGCAGUGA